UUGCUCACUUCACAGCUGCUAUAGGACUGAGAUAUUAAGCUGAAUUUCAAAGAGACUGUGAUACUUGGUGUGAAAAGCAGGAAAUAUUUCUUUUUGUCUUGUGUCUGUAAUUUUACAGGUCAGAAGCUGCAGCCUCAGCAGGCACCGAACUGCUCAAGAUGUUGAAUAAACUCCUGCAAUAUGUCCGUAGUGGAAAAAUCGGCACCACUGGCACAGGCUUUGGGAUUUUCUUCGCAUUUAUGUAUCUGCAAGCCAAGAUGUGCGCUUGCUCAGGCCACACUUUUGAUUGCAAUGAAAUGGUGGUCGUGCCUGUUUUUUUAGUAUUUUUCCUGGUGCUCCUGAUAGACCGGACAUUUCGGAGCACAGCGGACCAUCCAUCCACGUUUUUAUGCCUUGUACUCAAGCGCGUUAUCAGAGCGUUUCUAAUCAGUCUGCUGUGGAUUGUAGCUGUGUUGCUUUUCACAGACUGGUAUAGUUGCUGUACCACUGAUGAAAAAAAGAGGAAGCUGUUCUGCGAACCUGAGGGUCUCACGGCUGAUGAAACAGCUCAAAUAACUGAGCUGCAAAUGAAGUCAAAGCUUGCUGCUUACUCUCUGCUCCUCAGCAUGACUGUUGUCGCUUUCUUCAUGACUUGGAGUGGGUGGAGAAAAUGGUUUGAAGAAAAAUACAGUUGGUGCAACAAGAAAACUUUUUACUACCAACUGAUUUUGGAAGAAGAGAAAAAAGUUCUGGAGGAGCUUUUGAGGAAAGAAGCAAAUGAAACUCUGACUAAAGAAAUCACGAGCAACAUAAAAAGGAAAGACUGGGACGGCUGUUUAAAUGUUGCUCAACAAAUGAUCAAUAAAGCAAAACAUCAAAAACCAGAAGCAAUCAACCAGCAGAUCAACUGGAUCAGUGAGGGGAGCUCCAGCAGAGGGGGACAGCAUCAUCAAGCAGCACCACAUCAGCAGGCACAAAAGUAUGAACUUCAAGCACUGUCACGAGUGAUGUGAAGACGGUGAUCUGCACAUUUGCCCCCCGAGGUCUCUGCUGUACCUGUCUUCACUAAAACUGUUGCAUAUCAAGUGCUUAUUUUUUGCUGGUUUUACAUUUACAAAACUAUCAUAAUGACACAACAGACAGUAAAUUUCUAAACUGAGCCAAAAGCUGUGAUUCAGCUUAGACAUGAACUUUAAACUGAUCUGUUAUUAGAAAUUUAUAGUUUAUUCAAUAAAAGCAAUAAGUGGUGAACCAGCGUAUUUAUCAUCCUAUUUGAAUUAAUGAAGGAUGAACUCAUUUUAACGUUACACUUUUUAAUAAUUAGAGUUCAAUUUAACCACUUUAUAGUGUUUUUGUAUUGUGGAAAGAAGUCAGAGAACCGAUGUAUUCUGGAGUUGUCCAAACAGACAAACUCCACACAGAAAGGCCGCAGCCACGUUUGAAUCUUGCUCCUGUGAGGUGACAGUGCUAACUACUGCGACGCCCUGCCAGCCUGUCUCAGAUCUCCAGUCCAUGUCAAGGCACCUUCUGCUUCCUGUCCCCUUGAACUUUGUGGAUGUAGAGUUUCACAGUUUCAUGAUUCCGUAAAAUUUGUAAAAUGUAUUUUCCUUUAUUUGACCCAAACUCAGUAUCUCAGUAGCUACAGGUAAAAUUUGACUGGCACAG